AUAUGAUGGUUAGGAUAUGUUCCACAAAAGCACAUGUAGGCAUUCCGAAUCAGGAUAGCUUACCAUGCAGUUGUAAAAAAGGAGAGUUACGUUAUAUUUACAUUAAGUCAGGAUAAAAAUUAACGUGUGUUUGGGUAUAUUGUGACGAUCGUGUGCGAAUUCGAAGCAGCAAAAUUGUGUUAGGUGUGUGAUAAACUUGUGUCGCACACUUGGGCACACGAAAGGAACUGAAUUUUGUGAAGUUUGUCGGCUUGUGCCGUACAAUUGGGUGAAAGGGGUUCAGGUUGUGAUCUCGAGACAUCGAGACAACCUGGAACCAACGGGGACAGGGUCGUAUGCUCUCGAAAAAUCGAGACAACCUGCGACUAAGGGAAAGUACGUUCAACUCAGAUUGCGAAUCGAACUGCACCUCGUGACUACCACACGUGUACGUCAGUGCGUUCUCAAGGGCAGAUAACAGUGCGAACUAUAUUGCAUUUUAUUAACGAGUUGCUGCAGAAACGGAAGAUAUAUUUAUCGCCGUUGACGAUAAUUUUAAUUUGCACGAAAGAAUUCAUAGCAUUAUUCCCCGGUUUAAGCGUCACAAGGCUCGCCAAUCUUAAGUCACCUGUUCACAUUAAACACUAUACGCUAAGCUCAAAAUGUAAAUAAUACCAAGAAGUUUAAACACAGUGCUCGGAUAAAAGUCAAAAUAACAAUAGGUCUUCCAAAUUUACUGACUUUGCUAUUCGAGCAGAAAAAUUUCAAUUGAUAUUAAAAUAUUUGUACCGACACUCGCGAUCGGAGAUAAACAAACAAAUGCGUCUAGUCUAGCUGCUUAUAACACAAUUCAUGAAAUCCGUACGAGAAUCACGUAAGUUUUGAUAUUUGCCAAAUUCGAAUUUAAAAUAUUCAAUCAGUUGUUUAUUUAGCUUAUUGUUAAAUAUAGAAUUAUUUAUACUACGGACAAAUAUAGGGCGCAGAAUAUAUUCUUUUCUCCACUCUUAUCUAAAAGUAAUUAAGUUUUAAUUGUGAGUCGUUGAGCAUACGUUAUAUCGUUAAGAUAUUGGUUAAGCAUUUAUAUGUUUAAUUUCGUCAACUUUAUAAUUUCUUAAGACAAUUUUUGAAUAUUCGUUAAGAUACAAUGAAAGGUUACUUCUAUUUAAGUGUCAAAAAUAUCGUAAAAAAUAUAAAACUUAUAGAUGUUAUUAAAAGAAAAUUAUUUUAAAUUACAUUACGCAAAGUGUAUUACUGUUAUUGGUAAUAUAGUGAAAAGAAAAUCCAAACAAAGAACUUUCAAAAAUUAUCUAUUUACUUAGAAAUAGUAUUGAAUAGGAUUUUUUAUUUUGAAAAUAAUGAGCAAGGAGGAUUCAUUAGAUGAAGUUAAUAAAAUAGCUCAUUAUCAAAAGCGAGCUCUAACAAUGAUGCAAGUUUACGAAUCAGAAGAAAAGGAAGMAUUUUAUUUGUGGUUAAAUAAAUUUGAAUCUGUAGCAAAUAUUAUCAAAAUACCAGAAGAUAAAUUGGUUGAAUUGUUCAAUAAAAUGGUGGACAAUAAUUUCCAUGAACGUAUCAAGAAUAUUAACCCCCAUGUCAAUUUCUCUGAACUAUCAUACGAACAAAUAAUAAACCAUUACCUUUGUUUUUUUCCUCCUGCCGAUGAAACGUAUUUACACAGAAAGCGUUUUUUCUGUCGUGAUCAAUAUAAACAAGAAACGAUAGAUAAUUAUGCUUAUUGUUUAGAGAAAAUACAUAAUAAUUGUUAUUAUACAUGUUACGUAGAUGAAAGAUUAUGCGACCAAUUCACUAAUGGAAUCCUCGAUGAUGAUAUAAAAAAGUAUUUAAAUAAAAUUCCUUACUUAUCAUUCGAUGAAACGGUAAAAAAGGCCAUCGAAUUUGUAAAAGUUAAUAAUUAUUUACGUACAGCUCUUUUAAUGAUGAAUAUUUAUAAUCCAAAGAAGGAACGUCUUUUUUAUAGAUGGUUAAAUAAAUUUGAGUAUGUAGCAGAUACGAUCGGGGUACCAGAUGAUAUAAUGAUUGCAUUCUUCAAUAAAAUGAUAGGUAAUAAUGUACAUAAAGCGAUCUUGCAGUCUUAUCCUCAUAUCGACAUCUUAAAACUUUCAUAUGAGGAGAAAGUAAGCCUUUACCUUAAUUUUUUUUUUCAAUCCAAUGAAAUUUUCAUACACAGAAAACGUUUUAAAUGUCGACAUCAAUUUAGAGGAGAAACGUUACAAAAAUUUGCUAAUAAUUUACGGAAAAUAUUUUAUAAGUGCGAUUAUCAAACUUGCUUUGAAGAAAGAUUAUGCGAACAAUUCAUGGAUGGAAUCUAUGACGAUGAUUUAAGAAACAAUUUAAGUAAAAUUUCUAAAAUAUCAUUCAAAACAUUGUUAGAAAAGGCAAUUAAUGAAUUUGAAAAAAAAAAAAAUAUUCACAAUGUGAAUAAUCGCGUGUUUAAAUGAACUAUGAGCCCUUAAAAUAUAAACAAAUCAAAGAGAAUAACCAAACAUAAAAUUGGCAUAAAUUUGAUUGCCUAAUAAGUCCUGAGGAUUAUUAUUUAUUUAAAGUAAAUCAUAUAUUUUAUAUUAUUUUCUACGAGCACUAGAAGUAUUCAAAAUUAGUGAGACCAUUAUAUGACCUGUUUCGAAGUAAAUAAGGUUAAAAGAAGAUGAAUGAAGCAAAAAUGCUGUGAUUUUAUAUUAGAAAUUUAUUCCUGAAGGAUAUCGAAAAAGUUUAAAGAUAUAGUUUUUAAUUUUCACAGUUAAGGAAUUAUAUUUAUUUUUAAAAGCAAUGGAGAUUUGUUCCUUACAUUAAAUGUUUUAAAGAAUGAGAUGAGAAUAUAUUAUUAUUUAAAUUUUUUAUAUGAAAUAAUAUAUCGGUAUUUAUAUUAAUAUAUUUUUUUGAAUUAAAACAUUUUAUGAUAUUUAUGUAAGGAGUGAUAAAUUAAGUGAUCCUAACAUACAAUUUUUAGUUUAUACAGUCAAAUUAGAUCACAUCAGAGAGAGAAGAAAUAAAAAGUUAUUAAGAUAUUAAAAAGAUUGUAAGAGAAAAAAACUCUUAUGAAGAUAACAAUUUAAUAAAUUUAUUUGACUCUAUAAAACCAUGAAAUCGUUAAGAUAAUAAUGUAACUAUUGAACUGUCUCUUGUACAAAUUUGUAACAUUUCAUGAAUUGUUUAUUGUGCUCAUUGUUAAAAAUAUAUUAUUAUUUCUAUUAA